GAGAUUGUCGGUCACCGACAAACCCCUGAGCCCGGCCCCGAUGACGCAGAGACGCGGUGGUGCCGUGAUGACGCACUGACGCACGGGACAGCGCGCUGUUGCUCCGUGCGGCACCAGUGGGCCGGUCGUGGGCUGUUGAUGCUCGUCAAAGAUGACUGAUCCAGAUGUUGUGACUGAAGUGCCUGCAGCUUUGAAACGACUUGCCAAAUAUGUUGUGAGAGGAUUUUACGGGCUAGAGCAUGCACUAGCUUUGGAUAUCCUCAUUAGAAACCCCUGUGUCAAAGAAGAGGACAUGUUGGAGCUGCUGAAAUUUGAUCGUAAACAACUGCGAGCAGUUUUGAAUACAUUGAAAAAUGACAAAUUUAUUAAAAGUAGAAUGCGAGUUGAAACUGCUCCUGAUGGUAAAACUACAAGACAUAAUUAUUACUUCAUAAACUACCGUCUUCUGGUGAAUGUGGUGAAGUACAAACUUGACCACAUGAGGCGAAGGAUUGAGACAGACGAACGAGAUUCUACCAACAGAGCCUCUUUUAAAUGUCCCAACUGUUUCAAAACAUUCACAGAUCUGGAAGCCAACCAACUAUUUGAUCUAAUGACAGGAACAUUCCGGUGCACUUUUUGUCAAACCGAGGUCGAAGAGGAUGAAUCUGCAUUACCAAAGAAGGAUGCCAGAACACUUUUGGCAAGAUUCAAUGAACAGAUUGAACCAAUCUAUGCUCUAUUGCGAGAAACUGAAGAUGUUAACCUGGCCUAUGAAAUCCUGGAGCCAGAACCAACAGAAAUUCCAUCACUUAGAGCAAGUCAACGAGCACCUGGUGCUGGCAGUGGAAAUACGAAUUCUCAAAAAGAACCUUGGGCUAAUAGAGGACCCACAUAUGAGGAUCUUUACACUCAAAAAGUUAUCAUCAAUAUGGAAGAACAUGAUGUUCAGCACAAAGUUGCUUCUGAUGGGAAGCCAGUUAAGGAGAGACCAAUCUGGAUGAGGGAGAGCACUGUUCGAGGGGCCUUUACAGAUUCUGAGGAACUCCAAGAAGGUGACAUGAAUGCUGACUCAUAUCAUGAUCGUGAUGGAAAAGGAAAUCCAAUUGAAGCAAAUGAAGAAGUCAUGCAAACAUUGCUCAUCCAUGAAAAGAAAAGUACAUCAGCAACUGUAGCUGCAGCUGCUACAAUCCCAACUUCAAAUGCCAGUGAUUCAGAGAGUGAUACGAGUGAAUCAGAGGAUGAGUCACCUCGACCACAGGCAGCAGCAGCAUCAUUCCCAGUGGCAGCAGCUGAAGAGGAUGAAGAGUUUGAGGAUGAACCAACUGUUUUGGUAGCAGGACAGCCAUAUUCAUAUAGCCAGGUCAGCCAGUGUGAAGGGUUAGUGGCUCAGAUGACAGCUGAAGAGAAGGAAGCAUAUAUUGCCAUGGGACAAAGAAUAUUCCAAGAUAUGUAUGAAUGACCUGUUGCCACAGAAGAAAUAUUUUUAAAGUUCUUCAAUAUUUCCUGUGGUUUUAUUAGUCAGUGUUUCCACAGUUUUAAAUAUAUCUGCCAAAGUGUUAAGAGACAGCAUUCCUUUCUCAACAAAAUUACAGGCUGUGUUUUAGAAGUAUUUUGAAGACAAAAGUAUUUUUAGAAGGCUAAAGUGCUGCAGUGCCCUAUAACAUUUAUAUUAUUUAUUUCAUAGUUACUUUUAUUGCGUAAUUCUAUUCCUUAGUGACCCAUAAAUCCACGUUUAACUAACCUAUUCUUUUAUCCUAUUGUUUGAAGGGUAUACUAAAUGCUGAUGGUGCUCAUAAAAGUAUUUCUGAAAAAUUGAUCAAUCUAAUUGCCUCUGCAAUUCAAUAAAAUUCCAUCUCCCAAGCAUACAAAUUGGAAAUGUUCCUGGUUGAAUUCCUGGCCUGUGCUAAUCGAUCUCAGAUUGAACAGUAGAAAGAAUGCAUAAUUAGUUACAUUCCCAGUUUGGUUAGGUAAAAAUCAACUAAGAUUGCUGAAUUUCAUCACUACUUAUUCAUCCAUCCCUUCUGAAACUAUCCACCCUAGAUGACUGGUGAGGAUUAGGAUUAGUUGUGCAGUCCUUGGUGCAUGUAUCACUAUGAACGUUCAGUAUCUAGGCAUGGAAACUUGUAUGACAUACCAUAAGAUGACCAUCCUCUGUGGAAUUGUAGGUUAGUGGCAAUCAGUGACAAGAAGAACAGGAGAAGACUUUGAAGGAAAACAUUUUAUCCAAAAUGAAAAUAUUUUAAGUUAUAGAGCAGUGCAGCUUUACAGUAAGUUGGGCAUGUGCCAAACCAGAAGCAAAGUUUAAAUAUAUAGUCUUUAUAUGUCAUCUUCAUUUGUAAGAUUUAUUUGCAAUACAAUAGUUGAAAUAUUAAAAUGGCCCAGUAGAUGAUUAUAUCAGUUCAGAAGAUUACUACAAAAUUAAUUGUUUUUAAUAGAUUUAACACAAUUGGGUUUCACAACUGUACUGCUAAUCUAUUUUAAAUGGGCAAUGCUGGAAACACUCAGUAGUUCAUUUAGCGUUUGUGGUGGGAAAACAUAGUUAAAGUUAUAGCUCAAUUGUCUUCUAUGAGAACUGAAAUAGUAAUCGCACCCCCACCCCACCCCUUUUGUUGAUGCUGCUUGACCAGCCAAAUAUUUCCAGUAUUUUCUACUUUUAUGUCAGUUUUCCAGUGUCCACCAUAUUUUACUUCUUGUUUCAAAUAGCUGUCAAAUAAUUUCCUCAGGAAAAAGUGGUGUAUGCCGUUCAAGCUUCACUUAUAUGUGCCCCCUCAUGCUUUAACUUAAAUCAGGCACAACUUUGCUCUUUCGUAACUCAAUAGAACCAUUAAUUGCUUCCACCACCUUAACAUAUGAUGUGCUGUGAUGAAUAUCAGACCAGCAAAGGGAUGAUCGGCAGUUUUGUUCUGGGGUUGCAUUAAUAUGUCACAGCCUAUAAAAAGUGAAAGGAAUGUCUUAUAAACCGUCUUAGUAACUCCAAACUUUUCCACCUGUCCAAUUCUGCACAGAUGUUUGAUGAAACACUUAAAUGAUGAAAGAAAGUUACACAAUGGCACAAGAAAAAAAUAUAUUUGCCAAAUUAGGUAUAAUGAAUGAAUCUUGAAAAUAGUUAAAGUUUUUGUAACAAUAGAAAAGUUGUCCUAUGAUAAAGAGUAUUAUCUCAUGUUGAAAAUGUAUUUUCUUUUCUAUGAAAUGAUCUAACUGUAGAGUGGGGACUUGAGAGUGGUAACAAUCCUGUAAAACAGUUUAAAUGACAUCUAAACUGAGAGUGAAAUCUUAAGAAAAAGGUUUUUAACUUUUUUGCUGUCUGAUUUUAUCAUCUAAUGAGUUUUAAUUUCUAAGUGACACAGAGCCAUGUUCCAUAGCUGUUAAUCCAUUUUGUCUUGUAGUCUAUGAUGGUCAUAAAAGGGUAUUACUGCAGAUUUCUGAGAAACUCUCAUUUGAUCACAAUAAAAUGUUCUGUUUUGAUCUUACGAAGGAGCACACCAGUUUAAUAAACUUGAAGCUGCCCUAUAAAUACAUGAAAAAUAAUCUGCAUUGAACUGUUAACAAUGUGACACUGAGUUUACUUUACAGUCAUUGAGUACUGAAUUGUUUCUUCAUUUUCCAUGCUGUUGAGUAUCAGAGCUGGAGUUCAAUCUACUCCCCGUAACUUAAGUCAAUUUACCUGAUGUUUCAGUUUCCUUGGAAAUGAAUAAAUAUUUAUGCCAUUUGUGUUUAUAA